AUGUCAAACGACGACGAUUACAUGGCCUUCCUGAACAAGGCCAACCAAGACACCGGCGCUGGUGCAGCGACUCAAGAAAAGACUACAUUCAAGACAAAGGACCAGGGUGCUCAAGUCCCCAAACCCAUCAGCGACGUGUGCAAGAACGCCGUAUACACGUCCGACGCAGACGAGCCCUUCCAAGAGGUUUCUCUCAAGUGGGAGGGCAAGAAUGGUCUCCCCAGCGAGUCCGAAUUCGCCAAACUCAUCAACCACUCCUCCCCGGACUCGGCAGACAUCAAGAUCCUUGAUCCUCUCAACUGGGACUCUCACGGCAAACACACCGACGUCAUCGAGGCUGUUCGAGAAGCCUCUCAGGGUAAUGAUGUUCGUGUCUAUCAAGUGACGAGAGAUGCUACGAGAACCGAGUAUUGGGUUGUUUCGCACGCUGACGGCAAGCUAAUUGGUGCUAAGGCACUUUCUGUUGAGAGCUGA